CUUCCCCCUCCAUCCCCGUGUCUAUACCCCCUUUUUCACGCCCACACCAUCACAAUGGCUCUCCCCGCCUACAAGACCACCUUCCUGGAGUCCUGCCUGUCGGCCAAUGUGCUGACCUUCGGCACCUUCACCCUGAAGUCGGGUCGCCACUCCCCCUACUUCUUCAAUGCCGGCAUCUUUAACACCGCCUCUCUCCUCUCCGCUCUCUCCACCGCUUACGCCCACACUAUCAUCACCUUCCUCGCCGAGAACCCCUCCAUCCCCAAGCCCGACGUUAUCUUCGGCCCCGCAUACAAAGGCAUUCCCCUCGCCUGCGCCACCCUCCUCGAACUAAACCGCAUCGACCCCGCCACCUGGGGCAGCGUGUCGUACAGCUACAACCGCAAAGAAGCGAAGGACCACGGCGAGGGCGGCAACAUUGUCGGUGCCGCUCUGAAGGGCAAGACGGUGCUUGUGAUUGACGAUGUCAUCACUGCCGGUACUGCGAUGCGCGAGACCCUCAACCUCGUCGCGAAGGAGGGCGGCAAGGUUGUUGGAUUCACUGUUGCUCUGGACCGCUUGGAGAAGAUGCCCGGACCUAAGGAUGAGAACGGGGUUGAGGACGACAAGCCCAGAAUGAGCGCCAUGGGCCAGAUCCGUAAGGAGUAUGGUGUGCCCACGACGAGUAUUGUUACUCUGGACGACUUGAUCAAGUUGAUGCAGGCGAAGGGCAAUGAGGCCGAUAUGAAGAGGUUGGAGGAGUAUAGAGCUAAGUAUCAGGCUAGUGAUUAGGGUGGUGUAGGUGAUUGGUUGGUGCAUUGGGGGUUAGGGUGUGGGCGUAGGAAUUAACAGUUGUAUGCAUAGGGGCCUGGAGAAGUGCGUAAAGACGAUUACGAGAUGUCUAAUGUCAGAAAUGUGAACAAAUGAC